GAUAAUUUGGACAGCUCAGAAAAUUUCAUAUUUUCGCACAUUUGUCAUGUUGUCUUCUCGCUCGCUUCCGCCAAUUGACUCUAUUCCGCCUGGUUUGCCCCUGCCGCAGCCGCUUCCAUCUCCCGUAUUCUCCCCGCAGACCUCGCCAGCGCCCUCUCUUUGGCACGACGCGCACGCUCCUCGUAGCUCAACCGCUCUCCCGGCGGCGGCGGCACCUGUGGCUUUUUAUGCCACUUGGCCCAGGUUUCCCCCUUAUCGAUGGACAGCGGCCCGUUGGUCGGGGCUUGAACGACGGCCAGCUUGGUCUCGGGCGGCCAGGGCUCGGAACGUCCCUGAAGCCUGGCAUUGGCGUCUAGGAUCCUGUCGCGCAGCGCCAUAAGCCACGGGUGCACAGCCGAAACGUAUUCGUGCACCGUAACGGAGGCGCCGCUCACCUUACCCUGCAUCCUCGCGUCUCUGGCCCAGGGCCGUGGUGAUCCGCAGCACUCAAGCAGAUACGUCUCGCUAAUUUCGCCCAGGGGGUGUUCGCCGAAACGUUCCCGGCCAAAACGCGCCACAUACCCCGCGCUGUCGUCCAGGUGGUAGCAAUCAUAAGUUUCCGCCACCAGAGAUCGAUACAGUAGGCGUAAUUUCCGAUCUGGGGGCUUUAUAGCCUACGAAGUAUAAAUGCUCUACCCUUCGUCAGAAUGCAAACCUUAGAUAGAUACAACCGAAACAACGUUCAGGCAAAUUCGGGCCAAUAUCGUCUCCAUCAGCAACAAUCAGCCGCUUGCGACCCUUGUUCUGUACGCGAGUUUUCGUCGCAUCGCAUACCAACUCAGUAAUCAGGCCUCAAUCAAUAAUUUUCUUCCAGCCUAAAGCUUUACGCACAAUGUCGACCAACUCCACCAAUCUCAACCAGCCAUCAGAGACGGCACAAGCGCAGGUGCAAUCGAACGCUGGCAAUAGCGAAUCAUUCUCGUCCCUAGGCAUUAGGAACAACAACAUCAACGAGGCUGAAGGGGUCAAACUUUCUGAAAAGCAGAAAGUCAUUGUUGGAAGCGUACUUGAUCUUUUUGAGGGUAACCCGACCCUCAAACACUUUUCGCUAUGGAAUCCAGACGCUAUAUUUGAAGAUCCUAUCACCAAGGCUGCUGGAGAAUCUAAAUACAAGGCGCAAUGGUAUGGUCUUCCUGCCGUCUUCCACCCGAUAAAGCUGCAAUCCCACAAGGUGAUCGAUUCCGGCAACCCAAUACGUCUAGAGGUGUCCAACAAGUACGUGGUCCGAGGCAUCGGCAAAGAGCAAGUCAUCAACAGUGUCGUCGAGGUUUUCUUAAAUGACCAGAAUGGUCGGAUCGACAAGGUCCUCGACAAAUGGAACGGCAAACUACCUGAGAACGUUGUUGCCGACGCGUUCCGGAAGCUGAACGCUGUGACUGUGCCAAUGUUUGUGACAAUACCAAAGACGGAAGAGGAUGAUAUGAAAAUGAAGGCGGCUAGAGACAAGGAGAACGAGAAGAAAUAGAUGACAAGGAGCGCAAAUGGAAACAAUGGCGAUUCCUUUUUCUUUUCUCUUUUGUUUUAGUUCUCGUAGGUUAUUUCUUAUCCACCGAUAGCAUAUCUUGUUCAAAGUAACAUUGUUCUUGUUAGAGACACUUUUACAGAAUUAAAUUGAACGUGAUUACCGGCAGGACGCGUCACAUUCUUACUAGUAC